CAGACGCUGAGCCUGUUCUCAUCAAGUCCCUAGUGCCCAACACGGAGUAAGAAGUGAAGGACUCAGCAGACUCCACUUCCCUAUCCUAGUGGAGAACCCGUGUGUUUUAUGGUCCUCAGCCCCUCCCCUCAUCUAACCAUCUUUUCUCCUCUGGUCAGCCCAGGUGGGGCCUCGUUUCUGUCCCACUCUGAGUCCAAAUGUUCUCUGCCUGGAAGAUUCCAAUGUUCCUGUCUGUUUAUGAGGACUCUGUGCCCACCACAGCCUCUUUCAGCGCCAAAAUGCUCAAUGUCACCUCGCAAGUCCUUGUGCCUGCUCUUAAUGGGACCCUUUCCCAGAGCAACAACUGCCCUGACACCGAGUGGUGGGGCUGGCUCAACACCAUCCAGGCCCCCUUCCUCUGGGUCCUGUUCGUGCUGGCUGCGCUUGAGAAUGUCUUCGUCCUCAGUGUCUUCUGCCUGCACAAGAGCAGCUGCACGGUGGCGGAGAUCUACCUGGGCAACCUGGCCGCGGCAGACCUGAUCUUGGCCUGCGGGCUGCCCUUUUGGGCCAUUACCAUUGCCAACAACUUCGACUGGCUCUUCGGGGAGGUCCUCUGCCGCGUGGUGAACACUAUCAUCUACAUGAAUCUGUACAGCAGCAUCUGCUUCCUGAUGCUGGUGAGCAUUGACCGCUACCUGGCCCUGGUGAAAACCAUGUCUAUGGGCCGCAUGCGUGGGGUGCGCUGGGCCAAACUCUACAGCCUGGUGAUCUGGGGGUGCACGUUGCUCCUGAGCUCACCCAUGCUGGUGUUCCGGACCAUGAAGGAAUACAGAGACGAGGGCCACAACGUCACCGCCUGUGUCAUCAACUACCCGUCCAACACCUGGGUGGUGUUCACCAACGUCCUCCUGAACUCCGUGGGCUUCCUGCUCCCUCUGAGUAUCAUCACCUUCUGCACAGCGCAGAUCAUGCAGGUGCUGCGCAACAACGAGAUGCAGAAGUUCAAGGAGAUCCAGACGGAGCGGAAGGCCACGGUGCUGGUGCUGGCCGUGCUGCUGCUGUUCGUGGUCUGCUGGCUGCCCUUCCAGAUCAGCACCUUCCUGGACACGCUGCUGCGCCUCGGCGUCCUCUCUGGCUGCUGGGACGAGCACAUCAUCGACGUGAUCACACAGAUCAGCUCCUUCUCGGCCUAUAGCAACAGCUGCCUCAACCCGCUGGUGUACGUGAUCGUGGGCAAGAGCUUCCGGAAGAAGUCUCGGGAGGUGUACAGGAGAGUGUGCCAGAAAGGGGGCUGCGGGCCAGAACCCAUCCAGAUGGAGAACUCCAUGAGCACGCUGCGGACCUCCAUCUCGGUCGAACGCCAGAUUCCCAAAUUGCCGGACUUUGGGGGGAGCAGGCAGUGAGCUACUGUUCAUUCAUACAAAGAUUGAUGGACAGUUACUCUUCACACGAACCCAGGAAGGAGCAAAAGACAUCCCGUGUGUGACCUUGGGCAGAGUGGGUGUCUCGAGUAAAACACAGGAGAGUAAUUCCUGCCAUGCUCAAUUGAAGUGAGUGUGGCUGCAAGGAUGGGUGACCUUGUGCACAGCCAAGGGCUCCGUAAACACAACAGUAUUAUUGGUCUUAUUUGUUGCCACCCCCGGGCCAGGCUGCUCCUUCCCAGGAGUGGAGGGGUCCUGGGGGCAGGGCAGGAGUGACUGAGCUUCCCUCCCACAUGGUGUCCCUCCCAGCCCCAGCAUGGCAGCUCAGAUCUCCUGGGGGACUGCCACCCUAGCUUUGGUGCUGUGGCUGAGUGUGCACAGGGAGUGGUGCUGAAUUAUUGCCCUGGGCUUCUUUCAUCCACUCAGCUAGAACCUUGGAGGACAAUUUCUCAGAUGAAUGAAGGUUAAACUCUGAGGGAUCCCUGAUAAGAACCCAGGGACAAGGAUUCUGUGGCUCCCUUCACCAAGAGACAAGGUACUCUGUGCAAAAGACAAACCCAAUAAGCACUUACCGAGCACUUGCUAUAAUCACAGCAUUGACCGCUGUAGGAAGAGAGAGGAAAGAGAAGGUGGGUCUCUGUCUUGAAGGAACUCGCAUCUCUGAGUGCAAAUGACUGUGCGCCGGCAACCACCAGAAGGCUGCUCUACGGCGUUCUUAAGCGAGACACUGGUAACUGUACAGGGAGCAGAGGGGUGAGGAGCCCAAUGUCCCAGCUCAGCAGAUAACAUUGCCCAAUCACCCUGUCCCUGACUCAGUUUCCUCUUCUGUAACAUCAGGUUUUUGUGAGGAUUAAAGGAGGUAACAGGCAUAAAAGUACUUUGGAAAGUGAAAGGUGCUGUGCAAAUGUGAGGCAUUAUUAUGCACACCAAACAGGGGUAAAUUUAUUAUAAGGAAAAGACACUGAGGUUUAGCAAUAGUUCUGUAGAGGAGAAUCAGUAUUGGAAGCCAGUGGUGGUGUAAAGCACCUAUCAGGUUAACACACAGUAGGUGUUCGAUACUGUUAGCUUCCAGCUUUCCUUCCCAUCACCCUGACCGCCCCCCCCCCCACACACACAAGUAUUUGAGAGGAAGGCCACCCCUUCAGUGUCUGAUUUAUGAUGAGGCAGAGAGAGAGAGAGAUUUCUGAGUGGACUUGCCCAGGGAGGUCACCGUGCUCAGAUCCUCACCCCUGGUCAAUAGCUGGUGUGGGGAGUCCAGGCCUGCUCAGGGAUUGUCCCUGUCUCUGCAACCAAGAGGCGCCAAUCAAUGGUUUAUGCACAGGUUGCCUAGUGCGACCCGGCAAAGAGCUUGAGUAGGAAGCAGAGGGGGCCCAGGCAGCAGACCCUAAAACAGGGCAUGACUGCUUUACCUAAGGCAUCACUCCCAGGACCAAGCUCCUCUACAUGACAGGCUGAGCACUCUCCAGGAUGGGCUGCCUGGGCAUAUGUGACCAUGAAGAAGCCUGCUGGGGACAAGACCCCCCACAAUGAACAUCUGCAGCUAAACAGAGAUGGGAGAACACCCUCCCCAGCCAAUCAGUUUCCCACAGGACCAACCUGAGGAACAGUGCGCAGCUCUACCUCCAGGGGCAGAGCAGGGCCCAGGUGUCAGGCUGGGCCAGCAUCCUUGGCCAGAGGAGACAGUCUUGCCCCAAGCCCCGUCCUCCCAGGGGAUUGAUUUCUUUUUCCACACAUUUUAAUAAACUGCCACCUGUGGCCAGCACUGUGCCAAGCCCCUCGGGGAGAUAUGGAGGAACAUUCCACCCAGGUGAUGAGUUCAGAAGCGAUGCAGGACAGAAUCAUAGGCAAAGCCUGGCAGCCCUCGCUCACUCGGUGAGUACUUGUACUUAUUAGCUAACUGGCUCUGUCUGGAGAGGCUGGAACCUGGAGGACAAGGAGGAUUUGGAUGGCAAAGAGUUCAUAAAUUCUGAUCAAUCCAAUGCUGAAUUUUAAAACAAAAGGAUUAAAAAAGAUUCCCUCCUCACCCUACCUUUUUGUCCCUAUCAGCCACAAACCUCUGCCACAAUAAACACACACUUGCAGAUGGAGAAAGAGAACAGGUGAAAAAGAAACUUUGGGUAUUGAGAGCAAAGCCAAACCAUGUACACAUUGGGAGUGAAGAAAAGGAGGCUGAGCUUUGUAACGUGCAGCGGUCAUUCAUCAGCAGGGCCUGGGCUGAGGGUCCCCUAGGAGAAGAGCCACCCCCAGCCUCAGGCUCCUAAUGGUCACUUAGGGUCUGCACAUGGCCUGAGUCUGUGGGAGGGGAGCUCCCCCCUGCCCUGUACGCUGUGGUGAUACAGAACAUCUGUCCUGCGAAAGACCCAGAGAGAGGUUACGCCGUGAAAAGGAAGCAUUUCACAUACAAAUGAGAAAAUGGAUAAACCAUGUAAACAUGUGUCUUCUCUGUAGAGUGUGAAAAAUGGAUGAGGAGUUUUGCUCAGCUCUUUGUUACAACUCCCCAACCCCCUGAAUUUUGCCUUGGACCGUCAGAAGCUUUGGGGGGUGCGGUUUCCUUUAUUUCUGCUCAACUUAUUCACGGUAGACCAGUGGCCUCCAAGCUUUUGUGACUGUGUCUCUGUAAGCAAAGAUAUGUGGAUAUGCAUACCCAAUAUGUGUAACUUAUUCAUGUGUAUGAAAAUGUACAUUCUAAAAUAUACUCAACAAGUAGAAAUUUAAGAGACGAGGUAGAAAAUAUUAACAGUGUUUGAAUAUUUUCCCCCUUCCUAUGUUCUUAGAUGGGUAACUCAUUACUAAGCUCCCGUCAGAUGCCCGUGAGAUCCCAUGUGCCCUAGAAUCACAGGGAUGGCAGCAAUUCAAUCAUUCAUUCUUGCAAUAUAUGUUUAUUGAGUGCCUACCAUUUGAGCUUCCCUUCAAACCUGAAGCAUCCUCCACAAUAUCCAGAUUUAAAGCCACUGCUGGCAUAGUCCCAGUGAUGGGCAGCUCAUUCCCAACUCCGUUUUCAGACCCCCUUCAUUAUUCAUUUAUUCAUUCACUCACUCAUUCCUGAAACAAAACUUGCAUUCUUUGACUCCGUAAAUGGCACCCCUCCGUCCAUGCCAGAACCCUGGGGCUCAUCGCCCAAUGCAUCCUGUCCUCCAUCCCUCAGCACCUUCUUUAGACUCUGCCACGAAGUGUUUCCUGGAUCUAUAGGCUCCUUUCUAUGUCCAACCGUCACCUCAUGGGUCUCCCCACCUCUGAUAUUAACCACCACCGUCUCCCGAUUCUUGUUCUCCACUCUGCAACCAACAUGGUUGUUUAAGAACGCAAGUACGCUCAUAGGGAGGCUGCAAACAUAAAGAUCAGUGUUCAGCAGGAUGGCAAGUUAGCUCACUUGGUUAGAGUGUGGUGCUGAUAACACCAAGAUCAAGGAUGCAGAUCCCCCCACUGGCCAGCUGCCAAAAAUAAAAAUAAAAAAGAACAGGGUUCGGGAGCUAAGGCUUUGGGACAGGCAGACUUGGAUUCCACUUCUGGUGCUGCCUCGGGCUCUUAUUUGCUGUGUGGUCUUGUGUGUCUCAUUUAUUCUUUCUGAUUUUACAUUUCCUCAUCUGUAAAAUGGUGAUGAUGAUGGCAUCCACCUGAUAGAGCUGUUAACGGGGUUAAUGUAUGAAAGUGUUUGGCACAGUGCCUGGCACACAGUUGGUACUGGACAUGUGUUAUCUGUGAUGAUGAUGAUGAUGAUGAUGUCAAUGAUGCUGGUGGCAAAGGUGAUGAGGGCACUCUCUCAAGAGAAACCUUCAAUAGUGUCCCACCCUUCUUGGAAUAAAGCUCCACAUCCAUAAUGUAGCCUGCAAGACCCUUCAUGGUCUGGCUCCUCUUUUUCUCUCUCUCUUCUACUCUCUCCUCUCCACUCAUUCUCCA